ACUUGGAUCUCGUUUUGGUUUAGACAGUUUUCCCUCUAAUAAUCUAACCACCACCUUUCGUGCAAAACAAAAGCUCAACAUGCGAAUGUUCAUUAUACCUUGUCUCGCACUAUGCGUGGCAUUGGCUAGCGGAUCAGCUGACAAGACAGCUGCAGCCGCUCCUGAGGCCGAAACUAAGGAGGUUGCAGCAGCUGAGGCCGCUCCUAAUGAGGAAUCCAAGAACGUGGAGAAACGUGGAUUAUAUCUCGGCGACUAUGGUCACUCCUACGGUCACUCUCACCACGGACACGAGGAACACAUCAAGACCAUCACAAUUGAGAAGAAAGUCCCAGUACCAUACACUGUGACCAAGCAUGUUCCUUACACAGUCGAAAAGAAGGUGCCCUAUGAGGUCAAAGUGCAUGUCCCACAACCCUACUACGUAGAGAAAAAGGUGCCAGUACAUGUCAAGGAAUACGUUAAGGUGCCAGUACAUGUGCCAAAACCCUACAUCGUCGAAAAGAAGGUACCCUAUGAAGUCAAAUACCCUGUAGACAAACCCUACGAAGUCAAGGUGCACGUACCUCAACCCUAUGAAGUUAUCAAGAAGAUCCCAUACGAAGUCAAGGUACCAGUUCCACAACCCUACGAAGUCAUCAAGAAGAUCCCAUAUGAGGUCAAAGUAGAGGUCCCAGUACCAAAACCCUAUGAAGUCAUCAAGAAGGUACCAUAUGAAGUUAAGGUUCCCGUAGAGAAGCCAUACCCCGUUGAGGUGCCAAAACCAUACCCAGUCGAAGUUGAGAAACCAUAUCCAGUGGUUGUUGAGAAGAAGGUCCCCUAUGAGGUGAAAGUUCCAGUUGACCGACCAUACAAGGUCUACGUCGAGAAACCAUAUCCCGUUCACGUAAAGGUUCCAGUUCCACAGCCUUAUGCCGUCGAGAAGAAGGUUCCAUAUACUGUUGAGAAGCCAGUCCCCUAUGAAGUCAAAGUUCCAAUCGAUAAACCCUAUCCCGUCUAUUCCGAAGUUAAGGUCCCAAUUCACAAAGAAAUCCCAAUUGCCGAGAAAUACCCAGUUGAAGUGCCAAUCUUCAAAAAAGAAGAACACCAUUCCUAUCAUUCCCACGGAGGACACCAUGAAUACCCUUCAUACUCUCAUUCCUCCUACUACCAUUAAAAAAAAACCAAAACCAAUACCAAAACCCCAAUGUAUCUCAUAUAUAACAAAAACACCUUUAAAAUUCGAUUAAGAAUGAUGAAAUUCUGUCCCGGAAGUGGGGCACUUGAUGUGCGCAGUAUAAUAUUUUUAUAAAGUAUAUUAUAUACUUUCAUUCGAACGUUGAGCUGACUUAAAGUGGUUUUGUUUUAUAAAACAAGAAUAUAACUAUAUUUUUUAUAAUUUAUAAAACAAAUACCAUUAUCUGUAUUAUAAACCAAAUGUGUUAUACUUUUAUAUGAAAAACAAAAAAUAUAUUACGUAUUUAACGAGAUGAAAAAAAUUAUAAUAAUUUUAUAUAGAUUAAAAAAAAAACUAAAUAAUUAAAUUAAAUAUUGUUUUCUA